CCUCCCUCUCUCCCUCCUCCACCCCUCCCUCCUUCCCUCACGCGGAGAUGGGGAGAGAAGUUUGCCUGCGGCGCAGUCCAGAUGAACAUUUACUCUAUUUCAUUUGGGGAACAGCAACAAGAGCCUCCGGAGAAGCUUUCCAGGGAAUGCUGAGGAAUAUCUGACAGCACAAAUACACCACUCACAACCGAGUUUUUCCUCUUUAAAAAAAAAAAACCUUUACUUAUCAUUGAUGUCGCCAAACUAGUGGGAAGCUCGGGUCAGUAGGACAGCGGCCGCACGCGGACUGUUGUCUGUCGGAGGGUGCUUUUUUAAUUUUUGGGUCCUGGAGAGGAAGAAGAGAGCGAAGCAGAGACGAGGAGAGGAAGAAGACAGUCCAAGUGAAAGUGAUAAGAGAGUCCGGCUCAGAAUGAAUAACAACAAAAUCGAGAAAGAAAACGAGCAGAGUGAAUUCACCAACCACGAAGAGGAGGUCCGAACGCUAUUUGUCAGUGGGCUACCACUGGAUAUUAAGCCGCGGGAGCUCUAUCUCCUGUUCAGACCAUUUAAGGGCUAUGAAGGCUCCUUGAUAAAACUGACUUCUAAACAGCCAGUGGGGUUUGUCAGCUUUGACAGUCGAUCAGAGGCGGAGGCUGCUAAGAAUGCCUUGAACGGGGUCAGGUUUGAUCCAGAAAUCCCCCAGACCCUGAGGCUGGAGUUUGCCAAAGCCAACACCAAGAUGGCCAAGAACAAGCUGGUUGGCACUCCCAACCCCCCUCCCUCCCAGCAGAGCCCUGGGCCACAGUUCAUCAGCAGAGACCCUUAUGAGCUCACAGUGCCUGCUCUAUAUCCCAGCAGCCCAGACGUGUGGGCGUCAUACCCGCUGUACCCGGCGGAGCUGUCGCCGGCCCUCCCACCCGCUUUCACCUACCCCUCCUCGCUCCACGCUCAGAUUCGUUGGCUCCCACCUGCAGAUGGAACUCCUCAGGGAUGGAAGUCCAGGCAGUUCUGCUGAAGUAUGUGUUCCUGAUGUGUGAUGGUGGCCGUGGCCGGCUGUGACGGGCGUUGCUGAUUGCCUCUCAUGUCCAAUUAGAAACCUGGAGGACUGACCUGACCCCAGCACUUGGAGCAGCGUAACGUCGGCAGCAGCAGCCUCAUGGGCCUCAGGACAUACUAGACCCCAGCCCCCAUCACACAUCGAGCCCCCCCCCCCCUCCUUCUUCUCACCCACCAUCCUCAAAGUCCCUCCAACUCUUUUUUAUACUGUUACAUACUCAAGAUUUACUGGCAGUGCUUUGGCUGCACCUCCUCUGACACCUCCAUGAAAGGUACCGGGCAUGCAUGACAAAGGCACACACACCCUUUGUUUACCAGUUGACUGCAUCGCCUGUCUGACAUUAGCAGGUCUCUUGCUUUGCAUUCUGUAUAUGCAAGUGGAAAAGACAGCCCACCAGAGGAGUGCAAACACAUUUUAUGCAGCCACUUUGCAAGGCCAGAUGUAUGGAAGUGUGGCUAAAGCACUGCUGGAUAAUGUUAUUAUAUUACUAUAAUUAUUACUAUUCUGUAUAUCAUUCAUAUUAAUGUUAUUAUGAUUAUUAAAUACAUGUUGAAGCAUGACUUUGCAAAAAAAAGAAAAAAAAACAAUGCUGUACAUUUUUAGAUAUUUUAAAGAAAUACAAAAAGGUAUUUUUGUAAUCAAGACAAUGUUUGAAAUGGUUCUGUUUGAUUGAUUUAUGUUGUGCUAAAGUGUGUGUGGAACUUUCAUAUGUUUUUUUUUUGUUUGUUUUUUUUGCCCUUCCUGUGCCAUUAUAAAAUGGUAAGUCACCCUGCUAUACCAAAGCAGUCCUGUCGGUUUGCUCUUGACUUUUCUACAUACCGUGUGGAUUUAGGUUUGCUCAUGUGUGUGUCUUUGUGUGGGCGUCUUUACCUCAUAAAGCAGACAUAUUAGUCCUUUGUCUGAUGCGCUCUGGUUCAACUGAGCAGCCAAUGUUAACACUGAGUGUCAAAAACACUCCUGAUCCAGCUCAUGAUUUAGCAGUUUGAGGUAAUCAGAUGUGUUUAAAAAAAAAAAAAAAAUAGGCAUUGACAGGAAUAAGCCAUUGGUGGUGAAGGUAGAGUGACCCCCCCCAGAGACUGCAAUGCAUGGCAAACUGAGCCCUGCUAUAAUUAGGAAUUUGCCCCUUCAUUGUGUUAGCAGGAGGACAGCAACACAGUAUAGAGAAAAGAAAGACCAAAGGCAUUUUUUUUUUUACACUGGAGAGCUAUCUAGGCUAGUGGAGUUAUUCUGUUUUUGACUGCUUUGAAGUCCUCAAUCUGAUUUCUUAUGAAGUAUGAUAUUAUUUUCGCUGCAUGUCUCUUUUGGUGUCACUCCAAAGAGCCACUCUACAUCUGAAAGGAUAUUCACUUAAAGCAAUUUGUCUCCUUUGUCUAUUUUUAGGGAGCCAAUGUGAUUCAACGUGCUUUUGUAAAUUUUGAAUUUACAUAGUAAUGAUUGGAGUGGGGAAAAAAACACCCAAAUCUUUUGUAAUCUUGUGUAUUCUUUGGCCUGCAAUAACGUCUUUGCUGUAUGACAUAUCAUCGAGUGGUAAUGUGUCUGUGACAUUUUGACGCCAAAACUCUCAUUCAUGUCACAUCUGUACAAAGACGAACCUUGAUUCUUGUACUUUUCUGAUGAGGCUAAGUCACAUUUCACAGUGAUGUGACAGUCAAAACCUGAAGUAAGAAAACAACAAUCUUCCCUGUAAUCUUUAGCCCAGGAUGUGUACAAUCAUGUUGGACUGGUUGAAUUAUAUAGUCAGUGUUUGUAAUGAAUAAUAAUAAUAUGCACGCACAUCAUAUCAACUGAUUUUUCUGAAGCAGUUUUUGCUUUUACAGACAUUUUUUAAGCCAACCGUGGCACCAAAUUUAUUAGAACAAGUAUUUAUAAGGUGUGUGUGUGCGUGUGUGUGUGUGUGUGUGUGUGUGUGUGUGUGUGUUUUUUUAUGGGUAUUAUGUUUUUAAAGUUCAUAGAAGAUGCCCAUCAUAUAAUUCAUUGUAAGUAUUAUUGUAAGUUUAAUUGUAUAUUCAUUUGGUAAUUUUUCUAGAGCUUCUUUUUGUGUUUGUAUCUGACUGAUUGAAACAUACUGUAUGUGAUAUAUGAAUACUGUUUUAUCUACAUAAUUCACUGUGAAAUCCAGAGAAAAACAUGCUCUUUGAACGAAUGGAUCUUUUUUUUGUCUUUUGUCAGCAGUACGGUACAGAAGUCCCAUGAAAUUAAUAUUAUGGUCCCUCCUUUUGUCAAUGAAAAAUACUCCUUUCUUGUUUCAGUAUACCGUGUGCGUACCUGUGUGUUCUGUGCAUGUUCACGGCAUGUGUGUGUUCUUUUCUUUUUCUUAAUGCAUACAGUACUGUUGAUAUUUAUGUACUUUAGCCACUGUAAGGAGAAACUGUAUUUCAGUGAAUUGCAGAGGUGUGUUUGUUUGAAA